AUUAACUAAACAUUUAAUUUGAUAACCAGUUUUGUAUUUUUGAAAAUAAAAUGAACACAAUAUCUGAAGACAAACCCAUUUACAAGCAAAGGAUUGUUUGGCCGUCACUAAUAGUGUUACUAUUGGUACAUAUUAUAGGCAUCUAUGGCUGGUUUUGUCAAUUCACAAGUUUCCACCACAAGACCUACAUCUGGACGUAUGUGUUGUACGUCUUAUCCGGUUUAGGAAUAACAUUGGGCGCCCACCGGCUAUGGACUCACCGUUCGUUCAAAGCCCAUUCCUCUGUAAAGAUAGGGUUAAUGUUAAUGCAAACCAUGGCGUUGCAAAGGAGUGUAUUCUUCUGGAGUCGUGACCACCGAAUGCAUCACAAGUACUCGGAAACAGACGCCGACCCACACAACUCCAAACGGGGAUUCCUAUUCUCACACAUAAGUUGGCUUGUCUAUCACAAACACCCGGAGCUCAUUGAGAAAAGCAAACAGAUUGACCUGACUGACCUUACCAGUGACCCGGUGGUUAUGUUUCAAAGGAAACACAUGAUCGUUUUGUCAGUACUCAUGGCAAUCAUAAUCCCAGUGGUCGUGCCAAUGGUUUUAUGGGACGAGAGUUUCAUCAAUGCAUUCAUUGCCAAUACAUUUCGAUAUCUUUUUGCACUUCACGCCACAUUUCUGGUCAAUUCUGUGGCACAUAUGCAUGGAUUAAGACCAUACGAUGAAAUAAUAGAGCCCCGGGAGAGUAAUUUAGCCAUAUAUUUAACGUUAGGAGAGGGGUACCAUAACUUUCAUCACACAUUUCCAUACGAUUCAAACACAGCGGAACACGACUGGAGAUAUAAUUUCAAUAUAACGAGUCUUAUAUUGGCUAUACUCGCGAAAAUGAAUUUAGUAUACGAUCUAAAACUAGCCCCGAAAAGUUACGUACAUAAGAAAAAGAGCAUGGUUAGUUUGGAUAAGGAGUUACAGGUAGAGAAUAAGCAAACAAAUUAUUUUGAUUAUGUCAUUGGCACUGUAUAUAACUCAAGUUUUUUCUGG